AUGCAUCUCGAUCAUGAUGCUCGUGUUGUGAGGGAUUGCUUCUACUGCAGAUCGAACUGUGUUGAGAAGGGCCUGGCGGCCAAGGAUUCUAACGGUGCGCCGUGGCUAAGGUUUAUGUGUAGCGGGUGCUCUAAGAGGAUGAUAACCUCCAACUCAUCUUACGAAGCCUUGCCCCUGCGGUCUCGUUGCUUCUACUGCACCAGAAAGGUCUCCACUUCCAUGGCCAGGAGGUAUGGAAACCUGGAAAACCGCCUCUGCUGCUACCACAUAGACAUGGCAGACGAGAUGGCUGCGCAGAAGUUGCGCAAGUCAUAUGUCUCCUCUCAACUAGUGGAGAGUGCCUGCCACCUGAAUCUUCCUCCCAGUCAUGCUGUAGGUUGUGAAGCCUGGGGUGAAGGAGCUUGCUCGGAAUCUUCAGCGCCGUCCAUGGCUGACAGGAGCUCUGACGCUGGGCAGCACAUGCUGAGACCGUACACAAAGCAGAAGCCGCGGGCAUGGCAAGAGACGAAGCGAGCAAGGAGUCUCCGUCAUUACUCUGCCAUCUAUUACGUUCGGAAUCGAGAGAAAGUGCUGGCAAGGAGGAGAAUCCGGAAGGCGAUUCAUAAUCUGCAGUCUUCAAACUCAACGGUCAGCUCACCGCAGGGCCUGGAGGCUCUUGCGAAGAAGCUAGAGAGCAAUGAGCUGAAGCUUGUCUUUUGCUGCUGUCAUGCCGAGCGUGGGGAGAGGAAGGGACGCAUGUCGAGCAGCAUGAGUGGGGGAGAGCUGAACCAGCCGGCGGAGGACAGGACGGUUCAACAUCAACAAUCUGUUACUGCAGGCUUGUUCGAUAGGCUGCAAGGUUACGCCGAGUGCAAAUGGUGCCUGCGCUAUCACCAUCACAUGCAACGUUGCCAACAACUCUCGAUGCAGCAGUUGCUUCCUGGUGCUGAAAGCAAGCAGUACGCCGAAGACAAGGAGCAGCUGGAGUUUGAACGAGAGUGGUCGAGGAGGAAGCAGCUUCUCGGGCUCGACUUUGAUUUCUUGAGCAGCCUCUCCUCUUGA